CUUCUCUUACUUAUUCUUUAGGCCGUUUUAUUUUGGCUGCUGUUUAUGCUGAAGGAACCACUUUUCAAGAAAAUGAUGAGAAUGUACCUGUUGACAUAUUAUAUGAUGAAUGUUUAUCAGACACGUUGAAUUUACUUGAAUACAAAAGCCUGUUGAGAUUUGACGAAGUUAGACAAUUGGAAAUGAACCUACCAGAUGCAAAUGAAGUAUUUGGAGAAGACCUUAAAGAUUUGGUUGAAAGAGAGAAUAUCACAAAUAAUUUUAUUAACAAGGUUCUUAGGAACAAAGCUCAUACUUCAAAUCAAAACAAUACCAGUAACAGGCAAACUAGCAGAAGGUUAUACUUUCGAAUAGACAAGCUUAUUCCCUUUACAAAAGCAAGAGUUGUAGUAGAUAUUAAUAGCAAAAUGACAGGACAACAAAAUAAUCAGACAAAAAAUAUGGAUAAUGAUUCAAAAAG